GCAUUCAAUUAUUGUUUUAUCCUUGUUAGAUUAGAAAUAAUGAAUCAUAUGGAUGACGCGAACCGUAUUAAAGAGUACAUCGAGUAUAUGCGAAAAUUCGCUCGCGAUUUAGACCGUAUGGACGAGAGAGUGAAACAUAUAAACGAAGAGGAGAAUCUGUUUCAGUACCCAUCGUCCGUAUAUCCCCGUAUCAAUGAACUGAAAGAAAAUAUAAUGCCCUAUUACGAUUUAAUUUACCGCGGUUAUCAAUGGCAACGACAUCGGGACGUCUGGUUGGACGGGCCGUUUGAGUACUUGGAUUCGAAUCUCAUCGAGAGCAAGGCGACCGAUUAUUUCGGCGACUUUAACAAAAUCAGUAAACAGUAUAAGACGAGGAUAAAAAUGGAACUCGCAAUGAGUUACGCUUACAGUUUUGUAGGAUCGCCGGACGAUCCAGACCCUUGGCAACAACCUGCACCCCUUAAACUGUGUCAUCAGCUCAUCGAGAAUAUUAAAUGGUUCAAGCAAUAUAUACCACUGCUGACAGUUUUCCGCAAUCCGGCUAUACGGCAGAUACACUGGGACGAAAUGUCGGCUAUAGCCGGCUUCGAUCUCACCCCCGAUGCAGGAACGACGUUUCGUAAAAUUAUACUAAUGAAUUUGAUGGAAGAUAUAGAAAAGUACGAAACGAUAAGUAUAAGCGCUACGAAACAACAAGGCCUCGAAGAGUCGUUGAUGAAGAUGCGCGGCGAAUGGGACGACGUGAUUUUCACGACUGUACUUUACAAAGAUUCCGGGGUUACCAUUUUGACGCAGUUGGACGACAUUCAAGCAUUGUUAGAGGAGCAAAUUAUAAAAGUUCAGGCAAUGCGAGGCUCCGCGUUCGUCAAACUCAUCGAGGAAGAAGUGAAGGAGUUUUAUUUUCUUCUGCUUCGAAUUGAAUCGACCAUCGAGGAAUGGACCAAAGUCCAAGUACAAUGGAUGUACUUAUUGCCUAUUUUCUCGAGCAAAGACAUCGUGGCGCAGUUGCCCGACGAAGAAGUAUUAUUCUCUCAAGUCGACAGAAUAUUCCGCAGCGCGAUGAACGGCGUCGCGAAGGACCCUCACGUACGAGAAACUGCUGGCUCUGUAGGUCUUCUAGAAAUCAUGCAGGAAGCGAACUCGUUGAUGGAAAAAGUGAAUGACGGCGUGCUGAAUUACUUAGAGAAGAAGAGACUUUUCUUUCCACGAUUUUUCUUCUUGAGCAACGACGAUAUGCUGGAAAUACUGUCCGAAACAAAAGAGCCUCUGCGGGUUCAACCGCAUCUUCGAAAAUGCUUCGAAGGCAUAAACAGGCUGCGAUUCGAUGAGGAAUUGGAAAUAUUGGCAAUGAUCAGCGAAGAUCAAGAAGAAGUCAGGAUGCAGGAACAAAUCUCGACCACUGCUGCGAGAGGCUGCGUGGAACGGUGGCUCAUCCAAGUCGAGGAACAAAUGAUCAAAUCUGUGAGACACGAAAUCCUCAUGAGCUAUCUCGAUUACGAAGUGAACAAGCGAGUAGCCUGGGUGCUUAUUUGGCCCGGCAUGGUCGUGCUGUGCGUCAGCCAAAUCUAUUGGAGCAUGGAAGUUCAAAACAGUCUCAUGACUCGUAUGCUGUCAGCGGUAGAAGAGCUCCAUGCGAAACUCCGGUCUCAGAUCCUGGAAAUGGUCGAACUAGUCAGAGGACAGCUGACGAAGCAAAGCCGAACUACGUUGAACGCUUUGAUCACGUUAGACGUACAUGCCAUGGACGUAGUUAGAGUGUUGAUCGACAAGAACAUCGUAGACGAAACGGACUUCGAAUGGUUGUCGCAGUUGCGUUAUUAUUGGGAAGACGACGUCUUCGUUAAGAUCAUAUACACGAGCGUGGCUUACGCGUACGAGUACAUAGGAAAUACUGCCCGGCUCGUGAUCACUCCUUUAACGGACAGGUGUUACCGCACGCUGGUCGGAGCAUAUUCGUUGCAUUUAAACGGAGCGCCGGAAGGACCGGCCGGUACCGGAAAAACGGAGACUACAAAAGACUUGAGCAGAGCACUAGCCGUGCAAUGCGUGGUCUUUAAUUGCUCCGAAGGUCUCGAUUACAAGAAUAUGGGGAAAUUCUUCAAGGGUCUCGCCGCGUGCGGUGCAUGGUCCUGUUUCGACGAAUUCAACAGGAUCGACCUGGAAGUGCUCUCUGUAGUCGCGCAACAAAUUCUUUGCAUUAUUCAGGCGGUGCGAGGCAAACUAGAGACAUUCGUCUUCGAGGGUACCGAGUUGCAAUUGAACCCUGCCGUUUACGUCUGCAUCACUAUGAAUCCCGGAUACGCAGGCCGUUCGGAGCUUCCUGACAAUUUGAAAGUUCUCUUCAGGACCGUCGCGAUGAUGGUACCCGAUUAUGCGAUGAUCGCUGAGAUAUUUCUUUAUUCCUCCGGGUUCUCUACCGCCAGAGAACUUUCCACGAAAAUCGUCACCACGUACAAGCUCUGCUCCGAACAACUGUCCACGCAAUCACAUUAUGAUUAUGGUAUGCGUGCAGUGAAGACCGUGUUGACAGCGGCGCAGAAUAUCAAACUACAAUUUCCCGAGGAGAACGAGGCGAUACUUUUACUUCGAUCCGUGAUCGACGUAAAUCUACCGAAAUUCUUGGCCCAUGACGUUCCACUCUUUCAAGGCAUAGUUUCCGACCUGUUCCCCGGAUUGGAACUUCCAGCGCCGAGCUACGACGUGCUCCUUAAGGCUGUUCACGAGGUGGCCGACAAAUUUAACUUGCAACCGGUCGACGGUUUCCUGCUGAAGAUCAUCCAGACGUUCGAAAUGAUGAUCGUCCGCCACGGAUUCAUGCUCGUGGGUGAACCGCUCGGUGGUAAGAGCACUGUUCUCCACACGUUAGCCGAUGCUCUGACUCUGAUGUACGAAUGGGGGGACGAGAACGGAGCGGCGACGAAAUACUUCACAAUCAACCCGAAGUCCAUAACUUUGGGACAGCUGUACGGAUUUUUUGAUCCCGUUUCAUCGGAAUGGACCGAUGGCGUGUGCGCGGUCGCGUUUCGAGCGUACUGUACCGAGGACACACCCGAUAAAAAAUGGAUAAUAUUCGACGGGCCUGUCGAUGCCGUAUGGAUCGAGAACCUUAACACCGUCCUCGACGACAAUAAAAAGCUGUGCUUGACCUCAGGCGAGGUGAUGCAAAUGACCGGAGUAAUGUCGAUGAUCUUCGAGACCAUGGAUCUUUUCCACGCGUCACCCGCUACGGUGUCCCGUUGCGGGAUGAUAUACAUAGAGCCCCGUGUUCUCGGAUGGGAACCAUUCUUCCGUUCUUGGAUGAACGACUUGAAUCCCACUUGGAAGGAAGGUAGCGAGGAUACCAUCAACGAGCUGUUUUACUGGUUGACCGAUCCCUGCUUGGAUUUUAUUCGAAAGAGUUGCCGCGUAACGCUGACUGCCGGUCAGAUUCACCAGGUCGUCUCGACAUUGAAUCUCUUUGAAAUGUUCAUAGAAGAUGCCGUCGAGCAGAAUCUGCAAACGUUCGACCAGUUCUUAUUACCUUGGCUACAAGCGACGAUGUUGAUGUCGAUGGUUUGGGGAGCCGGGGGCACGCUCGACUACGAUUCUCGUGUCAAAUUUAACACGUUUUAUUUGAGUUUCUGGAGGAACGAGCGGAAGGAUCACCCGCUUCCGGAAUUUCUGGUUGAAUCUCUGAUCUCGUUGCCGGAGGAUUUGAUUCACGAUUGUUUUUACACGUACCGUGGGAGGGGAGCUUGGAGGAAGUUCGUAGACGUGGCCAGGCAGGAAGAAUUCUCGACCACUGGAAGCAUCGUUCAAGUAAUGAUACCCACCGUUGACACGGUCAAGUAUCAAAGUCUGUUUAUGAAAUACAUCAAGCACCGCAGGCGUUUCCUGCUGUACGGGGAAACAGGGACUGGGAAGAGUUUCUAUAUCAAAGAUCUAAUCAUGAACAAGUUGUCCGAGGCCGAAUAUCUGCCGAACUUCAUCACGUUCACUCCGAACAUCACUGCCGCACAGACGCAGGACUUGGUAAUGUUGAAAUUAUACAAAAGACGUAGAAAUAAAUUCGGUCCCUUGCCCGGCACCCAUUGCAUUGUGUUCAUCGACGACGUUAACAUGCCAGCGAAAGAGAUAUACGGUUGUCAGCCGCCGAUCGAGCUUCUUCGCCAGUUUUUCGACCACAAAAUUUGGUUCGAUUUGAAGAAACCAGAAAAGAUCAAGAUAUUCGAUACCAUGUUCGUUUGCGCGAUGGCUCCGCCGGGUGGCAGCAGACAGGAGCUGUACCGGAGAUUCUUGAGGCAUUUCGCGUUGUUCACGAUCAGCAGCUUCACCGAGGAAACGACGAUUCGAAUCUUCACGAACAUUGCGUUCGUUGGAUUGCAACGGCACGGUUUCACCACAGCCGUGAUGCCGACUAUCAUGGAUAUCGUGAACGCGACUAUGAACAUCUUCCAGAACGCCCAGAGCGAGCUCAGGCCGACGCCGGCCAAGUCUCAUUAUCUUUUCAAUUUGCGAGACUUCUCUCGCGUGAUAACGGGCUGCACGAUGAUCAGAGAAGAGUCGGUCGAGUCCAAGUCGGAUUUUACUAAAUUGUGGGUUCACGAGAUAUUGAGAGUAUUCGGUGAUCGUCUGAUCGACGAAUUAGAUCGGCAAUGGCUGUUCGUAAAGGUCAGAGAGGUCGUCGGGAGUAAUCUUAGAGAGAAUUUCGAGUCGGUCUUCGGUCACUUACCGACUUUCGACGAUCAACUGACAGAGCAGAGCCUGCGUAGUCUCAUAUUCGGGACUUUUAUGGACGUCGACUCGAUCCCUGCCGAUCGGAAAUACGAGGAGGUGAAGUCGAUGGAGGAGUACUUGGAGGUAGCGAUUAGCUGCCUCGAAGAGUACAACCUCACGCACAGAUAUAAAAUGGACAUAGUACUGUUCCGUUACGCUCUCGAACAUUUGGCAAGGAUCUGUCGGAUAUUGGUGAUCCCCUGCGGAAGUCUGUUGAUGGUCGGCGUGGGUGGAUCUGGGAGGCAAUCGUUGACGAGGCUCGCUUCGAACAUGGCAGGACACGGCCUGUUUCAACCGGAGAUGGGUAGCACUUACGGUCUACAAGAAUGGCAUGACGACAUAAAAAAAGUACUCAUGAACUCCGGAGGCCUGGGCAAGGAUUUCGUGUUUCUGCUCACCGAGGGACAGAUCAAAAGUGACAUCUUCCUCAACGAUAUCGACAGUCUGUUGAACUCCGGCGAGGUGCCCGAUCUGUUCACCAUCGAGGAGAGGCAAGAGAUCAUCGAGGCAACUCGACUGGCUGCUCAGGGCGGCGAUCGGAACUUGGACAUAUCCGUGCUGGCCAUACUCUCGUUUUUCGUAAAUCGUUGCAAAGAGAAAUUGCACAUAAUGCUGUGCUUCAGCCCUAUCGGGGAUACGUUCAGAAUUAGGCUCCGGUUGUAUCCGAGUUUGGUGAACUGUUGCACGAUCGACUGGUUCGACGUGUGGCCGGAAGACGCCCUCGAACAAGUAGCUGUGCGGAGCACCACCGACAUCAACGUCGACGAGCAAGUAAAAAUUAACUCGGUGGUGGCGUGUAAAUUCUUUCACAUUUGCGCGAAAGACAUCAGUAAGAGAUUUUACAGCGCUACCGGUAGACACACUUAUGUGACUACGGCUAGUUUCCUCGAUCUUAUACGAACUUACGCGGAGUUGAUGAAAGAGAAGCAAGAGGAGUUGAGUCUCGCUAGAGAUCGAUACGUCAAUGGACUGGAUAAGAUAGAAUUCGCGGCUCAACAAAUAGGUCAAAUGAGAGUAACGCUCUCGCAGCUACGACCGCAACUCGAAGCAUCCGCCAAGGAAACAGCCGACACAAUGGAGAAAAUUGAAACGGAGAACAUUAGCGUAGAGAAGGCGAGGGUCAUGGUGAAGAAAGACGAAGACAUGGCGAACGUACAAGCCGAGGUAGCGAAGAAUUUGAAGACCGAGUGCGAGGCGGAUUUGGCAGAAGCUUUGCCAGCCUUAGAAGACGCGUUAGCUGCUUUGAACACUCUGAAACCGGCUGACAUAACAGUUGUAAGGACUAUGAGACAGCCUCCGGCCGGAGUGAGGCUCGUGAUGGCUGCUGUAUGCGUGAUGUUAGGCAUACCGCCGAUCAAAGUCGAGGAUCCAGCCACUGGCAAAAAGGUGAACGACUACUGGGCUCCGAGUAAACGUCUGUUGGGCGACAUGAAAUUUCUCGAAAAUUUACGAAAUUACGAUAAAGACAACAUCCCUGCGCAUAUAAUACAAGAAAUAAAAACGACUUAUCUGACAGAUAAGUCCUUCGAGCCUAAAGUCGUAGCUAGGGCAUCGUCGGCAGCCGAGGGUCUCUGCAAAUGGGUAAGGGCCAUGGUUUUAUACGACGAGGUAAUCAAAGUGGUCAAACCCAAGAAGGAGAAGCUCGAGCGUGCGGAACAGGAUUACGACAAUACUAUGAAAUUCUUGCAAGAGAGGCGACAGAUGCUGGCCGAAUUGACCGAAAAAUUAAGGAUUCUCAACGAAAAUUUACAAGUGACUCUGGCGAAGAAGAUAGAAUUGGAGAACGAGGUGACGAAGUGCAGGAACCAGUUGAUUCGAGCCGAGAAGUUGAUCAGCGGCUUGGGCGGAGAAAAAGAUCGGUGGACGAACGCAGCGAUUAACUUGCAAAAAUCGUACGACACUUUGCCGGGAGAUAUUUUAAUUUCCUGUGGAAUGAUAGCGUACUUGGGUCCGUUCACGACCGUGUACCGUACCGAGAGUUUAGAGAAGUGGAUAGUUCACGUUAAGGGGCUAAGGAUUCCCUGUUCAGAGAAUUACGAUUUCGUCGAGGUACUCGGGUCCGAAAUAAAGAUCAACUCGUGGAACAUAUACGGUCUGCCACGGGACUCGUUCUCCACUGAGAACGCUAUCAUCAUGGACAAUUCGAAGAGAUGGAGCCUGUUCGUUGACCCCCAGAGCCAGGCCAAUAAAUGGAUUCGCAAUAUGGAGAAACAAAAUAAACUCGAAAUUGUGAAACUGACGGACGCGAAAUAUAUGAAUGUCAUUGAGCAGGCACUAGAAUAUGGGAAACCGGUGUUGAUAGAAAACGUUCUCGAAGAUCUGACACCGCCUCUGGAUCCGAUAUUGACGAAGGCCAUAUAUAAAAUGGGUACCUUAUGGUACAUCACACUCGGCGAAAAAGUGAUCGAAUACGGUUUGGGCUUUCGACUGUACAUCACGACUAAACUGCGCAAUCCCCAUUAUCUUCCGGAGGUUUUUAAUAAAGUGACGCUCAUCAAUUUCGCGUUGACGAUAGGCGCUUUAGAGGAUCAACUGUUGGGUAUCGUAGUAGCGAAAGAAAGACCAGAUCUGCAGGAGAAGCGAGAAUACUUGAUCGUUCAGAGUGCUGCGAACAGGAAAGCUUUGCAACAAGUGGAAGAUAACAUUCUGAAAACGUUGUCGGUAGCCGGAGACAGGAUUCUGGAAGACGAGGAGGCUAUAGAGAUUUUGGACUCGUCGAAGAUUCUUUCGAUCGAUAUAAUAAAGAAACAAGCCGCUGCGGUGAAGACCGAGGCACAGAUCGAAGGAUUCCGACAAAAUUAUAGGCCUAUCGCGAAACACAGCUCUGCUCUUUACUACACGAUCACCGAUUUGCCCAACAUAGAUCCUAUGUAUCAAUAUUCUUUGGCAUGGUUCAUUAACUUAUACGUGAAUUCCAUCGACACAGCGAAAAAGAGCAAAAUUCUUGAAAGGAGGCUCGGGUUUCUCCGAGAAACUUUCACAUACACUUUGUACUCGAACGUUUGUAGAUCAUUAUUUGAAAAGGAUAAGCUCCUAUACUCGUUCGUCUUGUACACAACGAUAUUAUUGUCCGAAAAUGCGAUCAUGCAAGAGGAAUUGAUGUUCUUCCUAUCCGGAGGUGUCGCAUUGGCUGCGGUCCCGGAUAAUCCGAUGUCAAGCUGGCUAUCAGAUAAAUCCUGGGGCGAAAUUUGUAGAGUCAAAGAUGUACGAGGAUUCGCCAAUUUUCAAUCAAGCUUCUUGAGUAACGAGACCGCGUGGAAGCAGUACUAUGAUUUAACGAAUCCGGAAGAUUCGUCGAUCCCGAGCCCAUGGGAAAAUACUUUAACGCCGUUUCAAAAGCUGAUUGUUACGAGGAUGAUCAGAACCGACAAAGUGAUGAUCAUGAUACAACGAUUCAUCGAAGCUGGAAUGGGUUUGCACUUCGUGGUACCGCCACCCUUCGACAUCUCCAAAUCAUUCGCAGACUCGAGCUCUUUGGUACCGUUAAUCUUCAUCUUGUCACCGGGUUCUGACCCGAUGGAAGCGCUUACUUCGUUCGCAGUUAAUCUGAACUUCAUGGAGAGGUUUCAUUCGAUAUCGCUCGGUCAGGGCCAAGGACCGAUCGCGCAAAGUUUGAUCUACAAAGCGCAGAACGAAGGGGAAUGGGUAUGCUUGCAAAAUUGUCAUCUGGCCGCCUCUUGGAUGCCCAUGAUGGAGAGCAUUUGCGAGCAUUUCGAUCCGACGAACACGCACGUGAACUUCCGUUUGUGGCUCACCAGUUAUCCCUCAGAGCAUUUCCCGAUCACGAUUUUACAGAACGGCGUCAAAAUGACCAACGAGCCGCCAACCGGAUUGCAAAACAAUAUCAUGAGGUCUUACAAGGCAGAAGCGAUUAAGACGAUAGAAGCUUUCGAUACGGAGCCUGUCAAGAAGAGAAAGUUCUCGAAGUUGCUUUACGCUUUGUGUUUCUUUCACGCUGUGGUCCAGGAGAGACGAAAUUACGGCCCUCAGGGUUGGAACAUACGAUACGGCUUCAAUGAAUCCGAUCUACAAAUAUCCGCGCAGCAACUUCAUCUGUACAUAAAUGACUACGCAGAAGUGCCGUUCAAAGCUAUCGUAUAUCUGACCGGUGAAUGUAAUUACGGAGGACGAGUGACGGACGAGAGGGACCGGAGAUGUUUGAACACGAUAUUGGAGGAUUUUUAUAAUCAAGACGUGAUCACGGAUCCGAAUUAUACGUUCGCGGACAUCGGGCCAGAAUACGCCUUGCCAAAAAGACACGAUUACGAAGACUACGUCAAACAGAUCCAAUUGAUACCGUUCAAUCCACCACCCGAAGCGUUGGGAUUGCACAUGAACGCGGGAAUCACGCGUGAUCUCGAGCUGGCGAAUACUUUCUUCUUGUCGAUGUUGCUGGCCCAGGGAGCGGUCACGGUGGGCGACCCUACUAAGCAAGAUGAGAUGUUGCUGAACUUAAAGAAGGACAUAUACGAGAGGAUGCCCGAAUUGUUCGACGUCGAAGAAGCACAGAAGCAGUACCCAGUUUUGUAUCACGAAUCGAUGAAUACCGUAUUGAUACAGGAAUUAGAAAGAUACAACACUCUUCUGUAUGAAAUCCGAAACUCUCUUACCAUGCUGGAAAAAGCGGUCAAAGGAUUGAUCGUAAUGACAGCUGACUUAGAAGUUUUAAUUGUUUACAUAUUGAGCGCGAGAAUACCACCGUCUUGGGUAAAAGCGUGCGCCUAUCCAAGCUUGAAACCGUUGCCGAAUUUCAUCAACGACUUCCUCGAUCGAUUGAACUUCUUCCAAAAAUGGUUGGAAGAAAACAAACCGAAGACGUUUUGGAUAAGCGGGUUUUCGUUCGUGCACGCUUUUCUGACGGCGACCACGCAGAACUACGCUAGGAAAUACAAAAUACCGAUCGAUCGAAUCGAUUUUGAUUUCGAGGUACUACCUACGUAUGAAUUGGACGAGUCCCCGGUCGACGGUGUAUACGUCUACGGCAUGUUCUUAGCCGGGGCGAGAUGGGACAUGCGAACUAUGCUGCUCGCGGAAAGUUUCCCGAAAGUACUUUGGGAUCCUAUGCCGAUGAUUUGGAUGAAACCGCGCGUCGUUACCGAAAUUAUAGUGGGAAACAGAUACGAAUGCCCGCUUUACAUAACAUCCGCGCGUUUCGGUAUUCUUAAGACAACAGGACACUCUACCAAUUAUGUACUGUCGAUUCUCAUAGAUACUAAUUUACCCAUCAGUCAUUGGGUCAAAAGAGGAUUAGCUCUACUUUGUCAAUUAGACGAUUAAACGAUUAAUCGUACUGUCUGUCUUUUAUCUCCAAACGCGAAUUCCCAUCUUUUAUUGAAAUGCCUCUCGGUUGAUAGAGGAAGUCGAGAUGAAGAGAAUCGCUUUUGAUUUAUUCCGAUAUCUCGAUCUCUUCCGGAGAUACAGAUUUUCAAA